CGAGUCAUCCGGUCAAGAUGAUUCACUGCUAAAUGUAAACCACGGGGAGGAAAAUGGUGGCGAGCACUCGUGUACAGAAACUGCUCCGUCGAUACAAACUUGCGAUCGCCGCCGCUUUGACAAUUCUCCUAAUCCAGGGAUUGGUGGUAUGGAGUCUCCGGAGUCUGGAAGAAGGAGAGGCCGAGCGCAGAGAGCGGCGAUCUAAGCUGCCCGAUCACAGCAACCAGGAUGUGAGGAAAGACUUAGACGCUAGGGGGUCUAAUGCCCUGUCCGGGGGGUACCAUGGCCGGGGGAAGCAAGACAUGGAGCGGCCCAUCGUCACUCGUCCCUUCAAGAAAGGGGGUAAGCGAAGAAUGAAGCCCUCCAUGAUGGAAGGAGCAGGAGUGGUGCAGGGCAUUGGAGCCGGUGAUGCCAUCGCCCCGUACGAUCCAUCCAGCAGCCGUAACUUCACUGACAUGAAGGCGCAGGAAGGAAAAUUCCCACCAGGUGCUCAAGGAGAACCGGGGAGCGUCGACGGCGCACCUCAGGUCCCGAGCAAUGACUUUGUGCCCAGCUGUGAAAUCGUUGGCAAGGAUGCUCUGUCGGCUCUGCACCGUGCUGGAUCACGCCAGUGCCGGCAGGAGAUCGCCAAUAUUGUGUGCAAACACCAGGCUGGAGAACUGAUGCCACAGGCUUUACCUCAAUACUGCACACAGCAUGUCUUGUCCAGCGCCGGCCAGCAAGCUGACAUUAUAGACAACGAUUUGUCCAAAGUGGAGAACCCAGUCAGGGUGGCGUUUGUACUGAUGGUUCACGGUCGAGCCGUGCGGCAGCUCAAGCGGCUCCUCAAAGCCAUUUAUCACAAGGACCAUUUUUACUACAUCCACGUUGAUAAGCGCUCCAACUACCUGCAUCGGGAAGUUGUGCACAUGGCCGAGCUGUACUCCAACGUGAGGGCCACACCCUGGCGCAUGGUCACUAUCUGGGGCGGGGCCAGUCUGCUGAAGGCCUACCUGCGCAGCAUGCAGGACCUGCUGUCCAUGCUCGACUGGAAAUGGGACUUCUUCAUCAACCUCAGUGCCACGGACUUUCCUACCAGGACCAACGAUGAGCUGGUGGCUUUCCUUUCUCAGAACCGUGACAAGAACUUCCUGAAGUCUCAUGGCAGAGAGAAUGCCAGGUUCAUUAAGAAACAGGGGUUGGACAGACUUUUCCACGAGUGUGAUAAUCACAUGUGGCGGCUGGGUGAGCGCACCAUCCCCGAGGGCCUGGAUGUGUCUGGUGGCUCCGACUGGUUUUCACUCACACGCCGCUUUGUGGAGUAUGUGGUCAACUCCAAGGACGAGCUGGUGACCGGGCUGAAGCAGUUCUACACCUACGCCCUGCUCCCUGCUGAGUCUUUCUUUCACACAGUGUUGGGCAACAGCCACAUGUGUGACACAUUGGUGGACAACAACCUGCGAGUUACUAACUGGAAUCGCAAGCUGGGCUGCAAGUGCCAGUACAAGCACAUAGUGGACUGGUGCGGAUGCUCUCCCAACGACUUCAAGCCUGCUGAUCUCAUCCGAAUUCAGCAGCUGACACGACCCACGUUCUUCGCCCGUAAAUUUGAAUCCACCGUCAACCAGGAGGCCAUUGAUAUUCUCGAUACCCAUCUGUAUGGGCACUACCCACCAGGCACUGCGGCACUUAAGGCCUACUGGGAAAGCCUGUUUGAGCGGGAGGAUGGUGUGGGAACGCUCAGCGAUGUGGUACUCACAGCAUACAUGUCCUUCUUCAGACUUGGUCUAAACAGUCAGAAAACCAUGCAUGAGACCUGCAGGUUUGUACCUGUCGGCUACCCCGUAUCUGUCCAUCUCUAUUUCUAUGACGACCGUUUCCAGGGAUACCUGGUACGCCAGGAGGUGAAGAGCACGGCAUCUGAGAAGAAGGAAAUGCUGGAGGUGUGGGUUGUUCCUCAGGCAACACUACAGCUAGAGAGCAACCUGAAUGAGUUUGAGAGGCUGAAAAACCUUGAGGUGGGAACAGAGUGGGACCCCAAGGAGAGAAUUUUCCGGAACUUUGGUGGAGUGAUGGGCCCUUUGGACGAGCCUGUGGCGGUGCAGAAAUGGGCUCGUGGCCCCAACCUCACAGCCACCAUCGUGUGGAUCGAUCCUGCUCAGGUGGUCGCAGCGUCUUAUGACAUCAGUGUGGAUGUGGAGGCGGAAUUUACACAGUACAAGCCGCCGCUGCAGCGUCCUCUCAGGCCGGGAGUUUGGACAGUCCGUGUGCUGAGGUUAUGGGAGCGUGUGGCUGAAGCUCGCUUUCUGGUCAUGCCUCUGGCUUUUAAAGGAAAGGAACCAUUCCGCAAAGAGGAGCAUACCUGGCUGCAUGCAGGCCCUGCAGGCAACAUUUACCUGGAACAAGGCUUCCAGCAGCUCGCUCAGAUUCUGAAGCUACCUCCAAUGGAGCCUGCCCUGGAGGAAUCUCAGAAGAAGGCGUCUCUAGUGGGCAAGGCUCUGGAGGGUUGGGUGGAUAGCUUAGUGGGUGCCUUCUGGGUAACCGGAGACCUGUGUUCCACUCAGAUGUCCCUCUGUCCCAGCGUACAGCUGUGUGCCAAGACCAGCUGGAGCUCCUUGUCCCCAGAUCCCAAAUCUGAACUCGGCACGGUCAAAAGCAACGGCCGGAUCAGGUAGCCCGAAAGAUUUGGAGCGAACAAGAGUGAGAACACUAAAGCGAACUACAAGGGGAGAGGAGGAACCCCUGUGAGCGAUGUUUACGGGAUAUGAGUCUCUCAAAUCAUCCAAAUGUUUCCUGGUCAAGGCACCUUGUCUUAAGGAUUGUUGUUAAGGACAAUCUAAGAGAAGAAUGAACUGACGUUUGCACAUAAGAACAUUUUCUAAUUGUUCACUUGUCUAAUUGUUUUUUUGUUUCUUUGGGUGGCACGUGUCCAUAUGCAGUCUUGAUUUUGACUGGAUUGAUGAUGCAAAGCCUUUAACCUCAAUCUUUUUUUUUUCCUCUUUUCAGAACAAAUCAAAAUCAAGUGCACAUUUUCCUAUGUGGAUACAGUAAUUGUAGCCAAUUUUUUUUAAAUUAUUAUUAUUAUUUAAGCUUUACUACCUGUUCAACAUCAGUGGUUGGAUUCUUGCAGCCCAGUGGCUCUCAAAAUUAGGUGUGUGAAGCAAAGUCAGGGGUGCUUUCAUUCAUUUUGUGUUGAAAAUCACAACCCAGCAUUAGGAACGUUGUUCUAUAUGGUACAUUUAUAUUUGUGUUUUUAUAGUUAUUAGCCAAUUUGGCUGGUUAUAGGAAUUUUUUUUUUUUUUUUUUAAUCCCGUUCUUAAGAGCUCAAAAACAAGUAGGCAUAUAAAUCCUCUUAGGAAAGUCCUGUGUUGUGACAGUGGAAAGUUCUGGAAGAAAAUAAUUUAUGGUUCAAAAUAAUACCAAAAGAGUUUUGUAAAAACGAACGAUUUAGAAAAACCUGCGUUUGGGAUUCUGUCGGAUAUAUUUUACUGUUAAAGGAGUCCCUGGCUGCAACAAAGUUUUAGCCUGUAAUAAUUUUCUUUUCAAUCCGAACAUCAGAAGCCGUUUGAUUAAGUGCACUUUACUGUAAGAGAAAUGUCUGAACUACAGACAAACGAGGAGGAGCUGAUGAAGUCACUCGGGACGUCAAAUGAUCAGUGGCUCCAUUUGAAGAUAUUUCAAGUGCUGCUUAUAGAGUCACACUUAUACCAUCAUGUGGAUCGGUUUAGGAAACGAAGCAAAAACUGACAAGCGACCACCAAAUCACCGUCCAUCAGAAGAGAAAACUUGUGUGUGUAUGUGUCUGUUUGACUCCUGUGUCUUGGUGAAUGACUUCUUCUGAAGCGAUGCCCUGUAGAUGUUUACCACUGCAUAAAUGAAUUGCUAAAUGUGCUAUGCAAGCACAUGAACAAGCUGAAUGAGCUGACCCUUGUGAUGAGCAGGGGAAAGACAAGCAUUCUCAUUGUACUGCCCUCCAAAUGUAAAUGCCAUGAACGCCUGGAUCUGCCACUAAUUCAUGAUCUUUGGCCAUCUCAUGUGUAAUUCCUAAAGGUCAAGCUGUCCUAGACAUGGACAUUGAUAUGGACCAUGGUACUCGCCUGGUUUACUGCAGAUUUCUCAUAGACAGCUCCGGAGUAAUAGAAUUUAUUACCGUUUCUAAAUCUUCUGUGCAUAUAGGUUUCUGUUUCCGCCUGCUACUGCAACACGGUACGGAACGUUUCAUCAUCAUCAAUGAAGUACGGCAUUAUUCAUCGUCAUAUUGUGUCAUGUGGUAAUUUCAUUUUCUUCAAGUUUUGCACAAGUGUUUAUUUGCUAGGUUUGGAAUCCAGUGGUGGACAAAUCCGUUAGCUUAGCACACCCUAGGGAAGUGAAAAGUCUAAUGAGAAGACUUGUCCUGUGUUUUAAUUGGUUGAAAGGCUAAAAACUGUAAACUCACAGUAAUUAUCCUUAUGCUUUUCUAAGCAAGUGACUAAAGUGGUGCAUCAUAUUUGUGCUCUUGAUCAAAAGUCAGUUGGUCAGCAUUUAGGUAUGAGGUGAAGUGUUUUCUCCUCAUGUCACAGAUGAAUCUGGCUAGCUUUUUUUCUUUUCUUUUUUUUUUUCCUCUCUCGACUGUGUGUUCUAAACAUGAGACUUACAUUAUGCUUUCUAUCACACAGUUUCGUCAGGGUUGCCACAUACACUAUAUUGCCAAAAGUUUUGGGACACCCCACCAAAAUCAUUGAAUUCAGGUGUUGUUUUUCAGGGGUUCGCCUUGGCCCCUUAGUUCCGAUCAAAUGAACUCUUAAUGCCUCAGUGUACCAAGACAUUUUGGACAAUUUAAUGCCCCCAACAGUUUGGGGAUGACCCCUUCCUGUUCCAACAUGACUGCACACCAGUGCACAAAGCAAGGUCCAUAAAGACAUGUAGUUGGUGUGGAGGAACUUAACAGAGUCCUGACCUCAACCCGAUAGAACACUUUUGGGAUGAAUUAGAUCGGAGACUGCGAGCCAGACCUCCUCGUCCAAUAUCAGUGCCUGACCUCACAAAUGCGCUUCUAGUGGAAUGGUCAAAAAUUCCCAUAAACACACUCCUAAAGAGUUGCAGCUGUUAUAGCUGCAAAGAGUGAGCCAACUCCAUAUUAAAUUCAUGUGCAUGUAAAGGCAGAUGUCCCAAAACUUUUGGCAAUAUAGUGUAUCUGCCUGUUUCUGGUUCUAAAAACCUUAUCAGUGUAUCAUCUGUGCAUGCUCAUUUAACUUUUUUACCAAUUAAAAACGUUUGUUUUGCGAAAAUCGGUAGUGUGAGUUUUGCAAGCUAGUAUGAAUAAAAUCUUAUAGUUUAUACAUGCCUUCGUCUUCUUCUGGGAGCACAUGCUAGUGAUUUGUCCAUUGCUGAGAUUCAUCCCAGAAUGGGUCACAUUGGCUUCUUUUGCACAGCCAAUAAAGAUUCAUUCUUUCAUGGUGUUUAUUUUUAUUCAUAGUUCAAUAGGUUGCGACUUUCUGUCUUUACACACUUGCUGUCAAUUAAGGACAAUAAAUGAUGUGUGUGUGUGUGUGUGUGUAUACAUACAUAUCUAUAUAAAGUGGUGCAUUGUGAGAAUCAAUGGAUUAUUUUUGUAUUUAUAAUUCCUCCUGGAGAGGGAGGUCAUAUUUUUUAUCUGUUAGUCAUGUCGGGAUCGCUGCUUCAGUCUAGUCUGUUUCAUAAACCUUGUUGUGCAUUAUCUGUGUGUCAUGAAAUGGUACCUCGACAGGAGUUGUUUCUAGACUUCUAGACGUGUUAAGCGGCGGCGGCGGUGGGUGAGAGGUUUGGAGAAAUGUGGUGAAGUUGAAGAGCAGAAAUGUUUCUGUUCCAGGCACAAUAAAUCUGAACUCAAUGGUACACUGUGAUUGUGUGCUCUUAUUGCUUCCACAAGCCCUUGUGCCAGAUGGCAGUGUUUGUGUCUGAAUGAUGGGGGAGAAGUCUAAAUCUGAUUUACAACUCAUACAGAAGAUGUAAAUGUUUUUUUUUCCCCCAGCUACAGUUUUGUUCGAUUAUGAAAGCAUUAGUCACAGAAACCUGUCCAGAAUUCCAGAGAACACAAUUAUGGCUAGACCAAAACGUUCUGGUCU